AUGGUAUUUAUUGCAGGGUUGCUGACAUUCAGGGAUGUGGCCAUAGAAUUCUCUCAGGAGGAAUGGGGAUGCCUGAACCAUAGUCAGUGGGAAUUGUACAGGGAUGUGAUGUUAAAGAACUAUGGACACCUCCUCUUCUUGGGUCAUAUUGUGUCAAAACUAGACCUGGUCAUCAUUUUGGAACAAAAGAAGGAGUCUUGGAAUGUGAAGCAAAAAGAGAGAGUAGCCACUCAUCUGGGUAGGUGGUAAUGAAUGAAGCAGAUGACAGAGAUAGUCACAUUUUAUCUGAGCAGCUACCAUGGUGCAUCCAGUGGGUCCUCUCAUUCCUUCAGCUUUGUAUGUCCUGCAUGAUAAACGAGUUCUUCACGCAGCUGAAAAUAAGCCAGAUCAUUAUUCAGGUCACUUAUGGUUUCUCUCCUUAGAGGAGGCUCUUAUACGAUGUGGCAUUCAUACCUACUUUUUGAUGGAAGAUUCAAGAGGCUGUCAUGUACAAUGUAUGAAGAAAGUCUACCUGAAGAUGCUGUUUGUUGUUGAUGUACAAAAGUGAUGUAAGUCAGCAUGAAAGAGAAGACAAGUGGGAGAGGGCCAGAAAGAGGAAGAGAGAGAAUCCCAAGCAGGUUCCAUGCUGUCAGUGCAGAGCCUGAUGCAGCGCUCGAACACAUGAACUGUGAGAUCCAGACCUGAGCAGAAAUCAAGAGUUGGACACCUGUAUCUUCACAUGGCACCCUGAACUUCCUGCCCUCAAGACUGUCUUAUCAUCAAUGAAUGAAUACUGGAGAGAAACCUUACAAAUUCAAAGAAUGUGGUAAAACUUUA